ACUUCAAAAUGCACCAAGGAGCAUUCCUUGGUACUGGUUGGACCCGCGGUGGAGCUUCGGAAGUGGUACGGCGAGCCCAUCCUGCCUCUGGUGCCCAAUGGAAUGUUCAAGUCGUCAGGGGAAAGUCAACGGCAAAUGCCUGUGGAACGCCUGCAAAGCGCUCAGCUUGGGGCUGCUCCUGAUGGUGUUGGGAGCAGCUAUGGCUACUAUAGGUUAUUACGCUGAUCACCUAUCGGUCGCUCCGGAGUUCAAAGGAAACUUUACGUAUCGCACAAAAAACGAAACGAAAAGUUUUCAUCUCAACAAUCUUUCUUAUGCUGGACCCAUUGUCAUGGGAGUUGGGGGCUUCAUUGUUGUAGCUGCGUGUGUUAUGACUUUUGAAGCCAGAGACUCUGCUGCCAAAGUCGUACCGGCCAGAUUCAAGUUAAGUACUACAGGACCACCAAGCAUCUGCGGUCAUGGUAGUUGUAGCAGUAGACAUAGUUCAUUAAAAACAUCUGCAGUGCAGGUUCAGACUAUGGCUCAGCACCCUCAUCCUCAUCAGCAUGUAGCCUCGACUGACAGAAGGGCGUUGACCCAGUCUUUUUUACAUUUUUCUAGGGGCCUUGCGUUAGAAACGCAACAAAAUAAGAAUUUGCUCAAAAUUCCACAGGGUUCUAUCAAUAGAAGUCCAUCCGCUCCUGAUCUUGUCCUAGAACGUUCUGCAAGUACGGAACAACCUCCUUCGCCAAAGAUACGGACACCUGUUCCACAAAAAUCCAAUUCGAAACCAAAGACUUUUGCAGCGUGUGCACUGCUCAAUCCUGGAUUGCUUCACAGACAUGCGCUCUCUGUAGAUGAAACUGCGGGAAAUUAUAGACAUAGUAAUGAUUCUCUUCACCCUGGUGGUAGCCAAGGAUCUAUGGCGAUGGAUUUACAUUUAGAGUGCCCUGUAACUUUACGUGUUAGAGACAGGAGAAGAAAUCCUUUAAAAAGACAGAGAAAAGUAGAAGAAGAAGCAAACCAUAAUAACGAGCAUAACGUUAGAAGAAGUUCACAUUCUUGUUCAGUGAAGUUGACGACACAGAGUUUGAAAGAUACUUCCAGAAGAGGAGGCUCAGCUCAUCAAUUACCUACCCACUAUACUCACUGCCGGUCUUCCUCCACAAAACGAAGAAGUUCGAAUGCAUCAGAUAUUGGCUCAAGAUCCAGACAACGGAGAAGAGAUUGCAAUCCAGCCAGACAUAAACUUGAAAGGGCUAUCAGUUCAGACUCAAGACUUACAGGGACUGCCUUAAGAUACCAUCAGCACACUCCUCAAAGGACUCCGCACAUAACUCCUGAGGUCAGCCCGCAAAUAACUCCACAGCCUACUCGCGCUCAAAAUUCUUUGGAGACUGAUCCGGAUAGAGCCGGUUCUGAUACGGACGUUAGAUUUUCUCAGCACAGUGUACAUUUUAGUAAUAGUCCACAAAAAUAA